AUGGACAACUACUCUCAUGAAUACGGACCUCAUUGUUCACCUGCAGAACCGCUGCGCAGUACAGUAACUCCAGAGAGUCGCAGCACUCUUAAUUCACGGGUCUCUCCUAAAUCGGGUCUUGUUGCUGCCUCAUCUCAGAUAUCACAGCAAAUGGGUCAUUCUCAGAUUACCUCUUAUCCUUCAAAUCCUUUAUCCCAAAAUGCUUCUGUACAUUCGAAUCCAGUUCCUUCUCAAGUGCCUUCCUAUCAGCCUUCUCCUUCCACAAAAGUUCCCCCAAAUGGCGCUUACAUGUUCCGAGUCCAAAUGUGGACAAAUAAUUUUGACAGCGGUGUUCAGUCAAUGAAUCAUAGCGCUGCACCUUCGGUACUUUCAAUGAGUUCGCUUCGUGCAGGAUCACAGAUGUCAACAGUGUCUGAAGACACCAGCGCUCAUAUUGACUUAACCGAUCAACAGCAAAUGAAAUUUGAAAACAUCCCAGCCAACAUUGGGAGAGGUGCUCAAGAGGGAGAAACAAGAAAAGCAAUUCCUGAAGUUAUACACCUAUUAAGCGACCAUGAUGAAGUUGUUGUUCAAAGGGCUGCUACGAUGGUGCAGAAUAUUGCAAAGAUGGAUUCUGAGCAGCCAAAUUACGCAAAGCCGUGGAUUAAUGCUCUAGAAGGUAUUAUAAAGGCAGCUCUUGGGGCUCUCUUUCAAAUUUCAAGCAGAGCAGAUGGGUUGGAAAGUAUUUUACGCGUCAACGAUGAAACUAAUGGUGAUCUUCUUGUGAGUGUCAUCCACCACAUAAAAUUCAAUGGGGGAUCUGCGCGUUAUGCGAUACUUACAUUUCACACAAUAAUUGCUGAGAAAUCGAAAGCUGUUCGAAAUAUAGAGUGUGCUCGUGCUGCCGGUGCUUUGGAAGCAGUCACAGCCUUCUUAGACAGGGAGGACAACGAAAAGUUACUUUCUGUUUUGAUCGAAUGUGUCAAAAUACUAUGCGACAAGUGUACUGAACAAAAGGAGAAGUUUAUAAAACUACAUGGUCCGUCCAAGGCUUUUGGUAUUCUUCGCACUUUUCAGUAUGAAAGUUUACUGUGGAGAACGGCUUCUUUAAUAAGGAUGUUAUCUAAUACAGAUCCAUCUGCAAUUGUUAACAGUGGGGGAUAUGAUGUUUUACCACAGCUACUGAAUCACGGAAGUCAACGAGUAGUAACAACUGCGCUCGAAUGUAUAAGGAAUAUGUCGGAUGUAGUUGCAAAGGACAUUGACGUUCUGAAAUUACUAGAGAAAUUAUUGCAACUUUUAGGUGCUAUGGAUGCAAGUAUAGUACUUUACUGCGUAGGGAUACUGUCAAAUUUACUCGCAAAUAAUCAGCGUAAUAAGGAGUAUGUGUUCAACCAAAAUGGAAUAACUGCUUUAUUCCGUGUCUUGCUGAAUUCAUGCAACAUUCCAGCCAAUACAGUUUCGUUGCAACAGAAAGUAGAGGAUAUACAAGAACGUGCACUCGCCACUUUGCGGCAUCUGUGUGUUAAUAAUUCUCACCAUAUAGAAGCUCAGAAAGCAGUUUUUCAACCGGAGUGCGCAGAAUUUCUGUUGAGAAAGUUGUUGGAAAUGAGACCUGCAAUUCUUAAACAAACUUUGCAGAUUUUGAGUAAAGCGGUAAAUCAAGAUUCGAAUCUAAUAAACUUUCGCGACGUUUGUAUUCGAAUGCCAAAUGGAGAAGAGGCAACUUUUGCUAAACAAAUCAUUGUUGUGCUUCAAGCUGCGUGCCGGCAGCUGCCAUCGACGCAAAAAAUAGAAGAAAUCAGUGUUUGUGACCUUAUCCUCUUGUCUUUGUCUACUCUGCAAGCCAUGUGCAAAAAUAGGAAUCUUCUGCAGCAGGUUGCAUACUUCAUAAAAGCGCCUGGUUUUUUAUAUUGUGAAGGUGAAAAAGCUGUAAUAUUACCAAUAUUUUGCUUAUUCCAACGUUUUGUCGAUAAUGAAAGAGUGAAACAUAGCGCCCUUGGUCUUCUUUCUGAGCUCGCUUUAGAUCAUGAAACUGGUGCUGGUUUUGCUGCCGAUGGUGUGCUGAUGAAUGCUUUUCAGCACUAUAUGAACUGUCGAAACGAAAAUUUCGAGAGUCUAGCGCGUUUGGCCUAUGACAGAUCAAUUGAGGGACGUAAUUUAGCUGCAACGUAUUCGAGUUCUGAUGGAAGACACACGGUGGGGGGCUGUAGCGGUGCUCAUAUCGGUUCAUCUUACGGCAUGCAAUAUCCGUCAGCGCAGUCACAGUAUUCGUCCCCCUAUAACUCAAAUUCGUAUGGUCAGCAUGUCCCUUAUGCGCCAGUUCAUUCUUCUAUACCUACCCCGAUACAGUACAACAUGCCCGGCCACUCUUCCCAACGGCACACCGAAAUGUUGUGUCAAGAAGAGACUUAUCUUCCAACUAAUGGGAACGUUCCUUCGAUGUAUGGCAGGGAAGGACCUUCUCAACCCGUUGAUAUGUCUUCAAAUAUGGACUAUAUGGAAGACUGGCCUCAGGACUUGUCAAGUUUAUCGCUCAGUGAAAAUGACCCUUUUGCAAACGUUUUUUGUUCUCAAAAUUUGGAUGCUCAACCAAGGUCUCAGCAGUCUGUAAGACCAGUCUAUUCUGCAGUUAAUCGGUCCCACGAGGCUGUGCCAGGCGGGAGUUAUUGUUGCCCCGGUCCCCCGAUGAUGGACUAUGGUCCUCCUGCUGAGAGUAUGCACGUAGGUAGCCCUGAAACACCAGGAUCCUGGCGGGGCCCUCUUACUUUUUCAGAUUACCCGAUGUAG